AAGAGGAAAGACUAUAUCCCCUAUGAAGACCAGGUUGAACUCACUGAGACAUGCAAAACAGUCAUGCAGUGCCAACCAGCUUGCGAAACUAGCUGGUAGAUGAAUGGUAAGAUCGGCUAGGUCGCACCCUUAGGACCGGAGUUUCUCAUAUGGAGAUUUCGAAAAAGACGUAGGGCUAUUUCUGUUUCAAGGCUCGUACAGAACACCAGGGCACGGCAGUCUCAUCCUGACCUGCUGAUGAAGCUGAAAACAUGCCGAGCGAUUACACCAACUUAUUGCCAAAGUUCCUUCUAUCGAUAUCCGGAAUACAUCACUAUCGUUCAGAGUUGACGGCCACCGUAUUUUUAUAUUUCAUAGUUCUGCCCCUGUUAGAUUUCGAAAGGAGAGUUGCAGUUUUUGUUUGCUGAUCAGCACUCUCGAUAAUAGUUUACGAUGACUAAGUGGUGCAUUGAACGAACGAUAGCUAUUUACACAGGAGGAAUGUUCAUGUACCCGUACAGUGGAGACCGUAUGGGUUUGCAAGGGAUUGUAGUUGCUUCGAAUUCUGCUUUCGACAGAGGUGAUAGCUACCGGAGGAACUCUUAGGAAAGAGCAGAGGACGACAAUGUUGGUCCAAAACUAUUCCACCGUCCCAUUUUCACAUCGAUGUAAGGCAUUCACUGCACAUCGAUCGUCUGCUUCCCAAUCGAAGCUUGGCCGAGAGUUUUCAGAUGUCCAAUCUCACUCGGCGCGUGCCAGUGCAGUCUCCAAGUGUGAACGAAUUUCUAUGUCGGAGGAUUUGUUAAGAAGUCGCAGCUAUCCUGCCCUCCGACGCUCUACAUUUCAGAGACCUGAGGCGAGGAUCAGUUCUUCUUCGAUAAAUUCAGCUAGUGAGAAUGCAGCAGAGUCCAAUGGGACAACAGGACAACAGGAAUCGCUUGAGGUCUUGGAUAUGGAGUCCUACUUCAGCGGUAGGGAUGAGAGGCUCGAGUUUUGCAGGAAACUUAGGGAGCAGUGCCACAAGGUUGGAUUCUUCUAUGUAAAAAACCACGGUGUCUCUGAGGAGCUGUGUGAUUCAAUGCUUGAAAUGGGGCGCAAAUUCUUUGACCUACCUGUUGAGCUCAAGAUGCAACUGGACUACACCAACUCUUCUCAGUUCAGGGGAUACAUGAGGAUCGGGGUAGAGAACACCGCCGGUGUUACAGACUUCCGGGAACAAAUAGAGUUUGGACCAGAAGAAGCAGAGGACAUUGACAUUGUUGAUGGGAUGGAGAAUAAACUAGUUUACCCAUUGUACCGACGCCUACGUGGGCCUAAUCAAUGGCCACCUGAAGAUGAUCUCCCUGAUUUCAGACGAGAAGCAGAGCUGUUUAUCGACCAAAUGAAUGAAGUCUCUAUGCACCUCAUGCAGGCUUUGGCACUUUCUCUGGGUUUGCAAAAGGACUUCUUCGAUUCGACCUUCAAAUACAUGCCUCACUACCAAAUGAAGAUAGCAAAAUAUCCUCCAAACCCAGCAAGUGACGGGGCGGAGGGCAUCGGUAUGUUUGGAGUUGGUGCACAUAGCGAUAGCGGCUUCCUUAGUCUUCUCCUUCAAGACGAUAUUGGUGGUCUCCAGGCACGUACAACAGCUGGAAGGUGGAUUGAUGUCCCAGCAAAGAGGGGUACUUUUGUUAUCAAUCUUGGGGAGAUGCUGCAACUGGCCACAGGUGGAUAUUAUUUGGCUACGGUGCAUCGAGUGGUGAGCCAGUCAGGAAAGAAUUCACGGUACUCGGUACCUUUCUUCUUCAACCCUCGAUUAGACACAGAUAUCAGAACAUUGAACGUACUAGAAUGUGAUAAUGACGUGGUUGCAGGCGGAUCACAUUGUCUAAACAAAAACACACUUUCAAAUGGAGGGUUAUCGACUCAUGGUGGUAGAAACAAGCUGUUCCCAGUGUUUGGCCAGAAUGCUUUCAAGAGUUUCGCCAGAAGCCACAUAAAUGUCACGCGCGAGCAUCACAAGGACAUAGUGCAAGAAGAUGGUAGCGUAGUGUUGGAUAAACUUUUCUUAUAAUGACUUCGAAUAAAAUUAAUGGAAAAAAGAUAUAAAACGGCUUUCCGUUUCUACUGGUAACGCCAGUCUCAGCAGACGAGCAACUUCAAGCUCCUUAUAGCCGUAAGGAACUGACAGGUUUUUUCCGUCGUGUUUCAUUGUGAAUGUCUGAACCUAGCAACAUUAGAAUACGAGGUUAUCAAAAGUUGUACCUAUUUCACGAAGUUACAGGAUUGACUUCGACAUAAUAAUGUGCUUUGAAAGGACUAGCCCCUGACGAAUGGUUAUC